GGUGUUACAUGAUUACAGCCUCGGUAUUAGGUCUAAGUUUCAUAUUCAGUUAUGGAAGCUAGACAUAGUCGGGGACGUGGUGGUUAUUGGAAAAGAGGAGGUGGAGGAGGAGGUGGAGGUGGAGGUGGAGAUGGAGGUAACGCUGACACUGGCAGUUCGGGAGAGCACAGGGGUCGCGGAAGAGGGGGCCACCAUCGUGGAAGAGGCAAACGGGAUCAUCGUAGAGGAAGAGGACGCGAUUAUGGACCUCCUGCAGACUUUAGAGAGUUUCGACGAAAUCAAGAUGACCAUGACAACAAAGAAAAUAUUGAGGAAGUGGAGGAGGACAACACUUUCUCUAGACGAAAGCUUGAGCCCAACUGGGACCGUUAUAAGGAAUCUGAGAAAGAGGAAAUUAAUGAAGAUGUUCCUACACAAAGAGGCACCGACUAUCAUGUCCUCCUCACUUCAGCUGGGGACUCUUUCACACAGUUCAGGUUCUCUGAUGAGAAGGACUGGGAGAUGGACUCACUGGCAAAAAAUCAGAUUCCAGCUCUUUUUAUAGACCUGCCAGCUUUGACUCAGUCACUUCAAGAGCUUCCACUGCACACGAGACUGAACCUGGAGGCUGAGCUUGUUCAGGUGACGACUCCUGUUGAACUGCCACCUGCGACAGUCCCUCACAGAACCGACUCGACACUGAAAGCUCCUCAGGUAGGCCGAGAGUCGGGCCCGGGCAUUUCCUGCAGUGUAAAGCCUGUUUCAAGUACCACAGCAUCACUCGGUGUCUCCACAUCCGUCCCUACUGCCACAGAUGAUGCUGACCAGGAGCUCGACCUUCUCCUCAGCUUGCAGAAACCUGUCACAGAACUUUCUUCAUCUGAAGCCCACACUACAACAGAUGAUGUGUUGAACACCCCAACACAAGGUUCAGAGGAAGAAGAAAGAAAAGAUCAAAUGGUUGUUAUGAAAGAGACGAAACCAGAAACGGAGACUGAACCUGAACCUACACGGCAGGAAGUGACAGAGGAGGAUCUGGAGGACUGGCUGGACAGCAUGAUCUCUUGACCUGAGAGAAGCACUUUCCUCCCUUCUGACUGACACGGCUGUGGAUUAAAUCAGCACAUGCAGCUUUGCUAAUCUGUGUGGACGUGUACAUCAUACUGUGACACUUCGUGAAGUCUUAUAAAUAGCCAAGACUAAUUCAGGCAUGUGGAAUAUAGAAUGCUUCCUCAAUAUAUUACUCAUAAAAAUACUGAUGUAAUGCUAACAGUUCUCAGAUGCAUCAUAUUCUCACUCCUCAUUUGACUCGGAUUGCAUUCAGAUUAAAUGCAGCUGUGGCCAGCUGGGAUUUAU